CAAUGGCCAGAGCCCCGUGUGGUGCAGAAAGGCACAUCCUGUGCAUGCUUCCCAUGUGUAGCUCAUAGUUCAUCCUCUCUGAGCAGAGACAGUGCCUGUUUGAUAGAUGGUUUCAUGAUGUUACCAGUCAUAGAUUCAUAGAGUUUAAGGCCAGAAGGGACCACCAGAGCUAGUUUGACCACCUGUCAGGCAGAGGCCACUACAUACAACCUAGCCAUCUCCAUGCCAACCCCAACCACCAGAAUUAGACCAAAGUAUCCCAUGAAACUAAACAGUUUUGUGCCAUGGGUAGAGAACAGGAGGCACUGAGGUGCACUAAUGCCUGAGGCCCCUGCAGUGGCAGGGAAUUGAUUAAUUGAGAACAUACCCAGAUGACCCUCAUCAUCCACUAAGGGUCUGGCUGAGAGCAGCAGACCCAUUUCUCUUAUGCCUUGAGACGACCAGUCUCCAGAGGUGAAGGGCUAGUGUGCUAACCCACUAAAUCCUCAAGUGCGCCAGUGCCAGGCCUCACACAGCACAGGUGAGAAAAGACAAGGGGGAUGAUUUCUUUAAGCCUGUGUUGUUGGAAAAGUGGAGCAAGUCCAGGGGAACUGGCUCAGUUUAUUCUCAGUGGUGUUGCGGUGGAGCUGGUAUCCCUUGCGAGGGUUCAAACCACCAACCUGUCAGGCAAUAGCCUAAGACUGUACUUACAGAGUGAUAGUCUACAAGCAUGCUCAGAGUGCUGACUUUGGCCCUGGUUCAGGAAAUCGUGUAAGCCUCGGCUUAACUUUAAACACACAUUUAUGUGCUUGCCUGAAGAGCAAUGCUUUUCUUAGCUGGGGCUUUCCAUGGGAGACGAACCUCAGGCCAACAUAAUUGUCGCUCAUGUAAAGCUCUCAGUGGGUCAAAGGUUCAGACCAGCUCUCUCAAGUUCAUCUCUAGUGGAAAUGUAGCUGGAACAGACUCCCCAUAGCACGACAGGUCCCACGGCAGUACUAGGAUGAGCUCGGUAGGGCAACUUACAGGAUCCUCAAAGUGUGGGAGGCACUUUAUUCACCAGUCCCGCAGAGGACUUUGAGUGAAAGACUCAGGAUUAGACUGCAAGAGCCAGGAUUCAGUUGAACAUAAAAUAGGAUAGUGGAAACAAAAGGCCCAUUUACAUUUGUCUGUGGAUAUUUUUUAACGGUUUUCUUUUAUAAUUGCUAAUGGCUCAGAUUUUUAUGGAGAAGCUGCAGUCUCCCGUCAUAAUUCUGCUGUGCCUCUUUGUUCUAACAAAUAAUUAACCAUGCACCAAAUAGGUUUCAGUUCUGGGACACGCAUAGAGGAAAAUCCUUUUCUUUUGAUGUGAAACUAAUGCUGCUGAAAGAUGCCAAGCUGACAGCCCUAGAGCCUAAUGUUCUCUGUUUUCACACAGCACUGGCAAGCUUCUCACCCACCACCACCACCAUCUCCACCUCCACCUCCACUUCACUGACGUGCUUUAUCUUGGAGAGACCAUGGGUCAGAUCCUGGCCCCUUUGAAAUAAUUAGCGAUACUCCCCUUGACUUCAAUGGGGCCAGGAUUUCACACCCUGUCUAGGAAUUAGCAGGGAUGACCUAUUCUUCCCUUGGUGUGUCUGCUGAGCAUCCAUGCGGCCACUUCUUGGGUGGAGUAUGGUCAUUCUUCACCACUAUCAGAGGCAAGGGGAAGUAUGUGGAUCCAGUUUAAACAAUAAGGCAAACUAAUGAGAAAUGGGAAGCAGCUAUGAAAGCUUCCCCAUUGUGUUUCAGCACUGGCCUAUAGAAUGUACAUUGAUGUGGACUUCUGCAGUAGCCCAUACAAAUUCUCUUCCCCCUGGGGUGCUCAUCACAAUCAAGGGUCCUCUGGGGCGAGAGAGGAGUCCCUUUUUUGUCCAAAAUCUGCCUCUCACACUGAAAAUACCCCUUUUAAAAUUCAGUGUGGCAGUUAGGGCAGCACUAUGGCCCCACCUCCAAUAGACAGACCCUGCCUUGAACAACCACUCCAAAGACCCCCACAGUGGGUUCCCAAAGCCAUAGUAUGAAACCUUUCAACCCCCCUCAAUUUUCGCUGCUCUCCUGGGGUUUGCGCUGAGGAGGGAUUUCACUGCAUAUAUCAUAGAGGGACAACACAACUCGCCCCAGAAUGGCCUAUUAAUAACACAUAGCACGAGUGAUGUGCUUGAUGUUGGCAAAGGGGCUGGACAGGAAUAGACUAAUUAAACCUCAGCACCGCUCCCACGAUGCUGCUGAGUAUCAGUAUUUAUUCUACUGAUGAGGAAACAGAAGUACAGGGGCUGACACGACUUCCUCAAGGUCACACAAGGAGCCAGUGGCAGAACCUGGGUUAGGAGUCAGAAAUGCCUAACCCCAAGCUCAAUCCACUCAGCUGCCGUGCUUCUCUGGCCACCAGUGCGCAUCCACGUCUCUUAGAAGAUCAAGGAAGUUACCUUCUACUGGGUCACCCCGUAGAGCUUUAGGCUGUUAACUGAAAGGUUGGUUUGAGCCCAGUGCCCGCCCAAGGAACACCAACUCUUUGACUUUUUGUCUGUACGAUAGGAUCUGACCCAGUGUCCAUUGAAAUCAAUGGGAGUCUUUCCAAUGGGCACUGGAUCAGGAGGACUGUGGGGAAUAAUCCUGCACUGGUGCCCAGGGGAUGGACUAAAGGUGACUCAUUAGGUUUCGCUGGUUUCUCAUUUCUCUGGUUCAAUGCCCUGUUCAGGUUGGCAGUUCUCACAGGUGAAGGAUGUACCAGCUGGCCCUCUUGAUCUGCCAAGGGAUGCGCUUGGUACCAAAAUAACAGCUGGUGUCAUGUCAGAGCGGCACCAGCAGCAAGGACAAGGCGUCACCAGUAAGGGAUGAUCCAUGCAAAGGGAGCAGGGGAUUUGUAAGGAAGGGAAUUCCCUUUUGCAAACCAAGGUCCAAAUCCUGCCCCCUGCUCUUAGCCCAAGUCACUCAGCUUGUUGCUGGAGAGCUCCGCUGCAUGUGGAUUCCCCUCCACCAGGUCACCUCACGGCCAUGGAGCUGCUCCAUGGACCCUACUCCAGCGCGCGUCACCCUUUGCUGAACAAGCAGCCACUCUGUCCCACCCCGACCCUUGUCCCUGUGACCUUCCUGAUCCUUGGUGUUUGUUCGUUACUGUACCUUGCCAUGUGGCUUCAGGAGAAACAGAGGAACAAAGCGCAGAAGAAAUCCCUGAUGUUGCAGAAGCGAUCGGAAGGUGGAGACGUUACCGAGCUCUCUGACGUGGAGCGUGUGGAUGAGGGCGAGAUCAUCAAGCUGACUGCUCCUGGAGAAACUGGAAUGCGGCUCGACGCUAGGCAGCUGGAAAAAUACCAACACGUCCUGGAGGAACUGCUAACUGAGAUGCUACUGGACGCUCGAAAUGAUAACUGAUAUCCUCAGACCCAGAAGAGCAGGGUGAUGCUGCCUGCUGGACUACAGGUCUACGCUUCUGCAAGACUAACUCGGUGAAGUGCUGCAAAAGAAAAAACUCUGAUGCGAGC